AAUAGCUGUUCGACCUGUGGCGGUCAUUGCUCAUCCUGGACACCAUGUCAACGACGUUCUUGCGCACGCGCCGCCUGCUGCCGUUUCUGGCAGCGCCCACCGCUCUUCUAUCCGUGUCUUCUGCUCAUCUAGAAGCCGCUGAACCUGAGCCUGAAGCCACUCCGCCUUUGCAUCCCGCCGUGGACUUCGUCGGCGUGUUUGUAGAGAAGGAGUCGGCCGCACGGCUGCGCAAGCAGUUCCCAGCCAAAUUUGGCAGCGCUGACGAGCCGCUCGUGGUGGUGCUGCGUUUCCAGCCCACAGUUGAGGAACAGGAGGCAUUUGCACCCAUUUUGGGCCGCGCUGCCAAGCUGCACGUCAAGGGACUGGCCGAGGACGACCAUGCACAGACUGUGCUCGUGGCAGUGACGACGGAGACAGGCGAGUCUCUAGAGUACGAGGGCGCCGCGGAGCCUGCACACGCGACACUGUCGACGUCAGCCGGCGGGCUAAGCGCGGGUUACUCAAGCGUGCUGCUCGAGCGUCUGCGUGCCAGUGAUAAGCUGCGCUAUCUGCUAGACGACGAGGAAGAUACGAACGAAUGGACUGGAGAACUGCCAGCGUUUGAGUCCAAGCACCUGCCGCUGUUCAGCCCGUUCCCAGCUGUGGAGGCGAAGAUCGUCAAAGUGGAUGCCAAGCAUAGCGAGCAGCUUGCACUCCAGGGCACUGUAUGUCUGUCGUCCCGCUUCGACGUGGCCACGGGUAAAUGCCAGGCCCCUAAGGCCGAGUGCGGCUUCUGUAAGUUCAUGAAGGCCGGUCCCUGUGGCAAGGAAUUUACGGCAUGGGAAGCCUGUCUGGACCGCUGCAAAAAGAGCGGAGAUGACUUUAUCGAGAAAUGCGGAGCUCAGACACUGGCACUGCGCGACUGUGUGGACGCCAACCCAGAAUACUACCACGUGCUGAACGACGGACCCGAUGAAGAGAAGCCGGACGAGGAGACUGAAGUUAAGGCUGAAGCUGAGGAGAAGUAAGGAACAGUUCUCCUUACGCGAGGACGUUCAUUUUAGAGAAGCAAAGCUGCUUUCCUCGCGACGACAGCUAAAAGUCCCAUUCAACACGGUGUUUUUUUAUAA